UAAUCCCUGCACGGGCGCUGCCUCUCACCAACCCUAACCCUUCUAAACCCUAGUCCAGCCCCCGGCCCCCGCACGAGCUUCUCCCCGAUCCCGAUGGAUCCGCAGCAGCCGGAGCCGGUCAGCUAUCUCUGCGGAGAUUGCGGAGCGGAGAACACGCUGAAGGCAGGAGAUGUGAUCCAGUGCCGUGAGUGUGGCUACCGCAUCCUGUACAAGAAGCGCACCACCAGGAUUGUUCAAUAUGAAGCGCGCUGAAGAGGAAGGAGCAACAUUUGCCAGCCAAAUGAGCUGAUAAGCUGUAAUGGAGCAGUGUAUAGUACUUCUAAGUUGUUGAUGAACUUUGUUUGGCCUAAAGUGUUAGAACUUGUUGAGGUGUACUUAGAUUUGAUAUAUUUGAGAAUUGAAAGUAUGCCUUUGAGCUGGGAAUCGGGAAAUGGCUUCCUAUUGCUGGAACUGUUUCAUGCUCGUACGGUGUAUCAUUGAUGAUUGUAUUGCGAAUCAUCAUUUGUCUA